CGUCAACAAAGCAGAGCCGUGGAAGUUUGCGUUUGUUUUCUGACUCUCCGAGACUCGAGUGUGAAUUUUUGAAGCAAAAGCGAAAAGAAGAAGAGAAGAAACAAAGAUCGACGAGAGAGACGAAGAGAAAGAGUGUCCAUAAAAAAAGAGCCUCCAUCCAAAGUUCCCAUGGUCAUCCAGUGAGGUGUCUAAUGGCCUCCACACCAGGGCUUUACAUGUGAGAAAGGAAUCUUGGAAGAGAAGAGCAGACAUUCUUGGGCAGAGAAGAGUUUCCCACAGAUCAUGGACACUACCGUCAAUAGCAUGAAUGAAAGACUGGCACACAUGAAAGAAGAGGAUUGUCAGUGGGAUGCAUUGGAGGAAUUGUGUAUAAAGCUGGAGGAUGGUGAAGGAAGAGUUUCCAUUUCCAAAGAGGAGGAGUCUGAGGGGGAAAUUAUUAGGAUUACAAGUCAGGAUUUAGAAAAUAUGUCCGUGAGUUUGGAUCUGCAAAAACAUGAAGCUGGAGUUCUUUUCAAGGAAGAAUUUUCUGAAGAGUCUCAAUCCAGUUGGCAGCCCAGGCUCACUGAAACGGGUCAAGUGUUUACUCCACAGAACUCAACGGAACUGAAAUCUGAGUUAUUGGAGUCUAAAGAGAACGUGAAUGAAGAAAACGGGAGUGAAGCAGAUCAGCAGCCAUCGCCAAGGAAUGUUGGAAUAAAUUCACAGGAGAAUGGCAUCCUCUCCCUGUCUACAUUUACUCAGACCUCUCCUCAGUGCAGACUACAACACAAAGAGGACAAGGAAAAGCUGAAGAAAUCAACAAGAGAACCAGAGAAUUUAGCAGCAGAAUCUUUACAAUGUUCUCCUCCUCCUGAUGUCAAACUAAGAUGGGUGGAAGCCAUCAAAACUCGGCAAGUGAAUAAACAUAUAAGAAUUCAAAAUACAGAGAAACCUCCAUGUUGUUUAGAAUGUGGCAAACAGUUUUCUCGAAUAAGUCAUCUAGAGAGGCACUUACGAAUUCAUACUGGAGAGAAGCCAUUUGGCUGUUCUGAAUGUGGCAAACAAUUUUCACUAAAGCACAAUCUCCAAAGUCACAUAAGAAUCCACACCGGAGGAAAACCUUAUUGCAGUUCUGAAUGUGGGAAACAAUUCUCGGAGAGUGCAAGUCUUAAUAUUCACAUAAUGAAUCACACUGGAGAAAAACCCUUUUCCUGUCUUGAAUGUGGCAAAUGCUUCUCACAAACAAGACAUCUUCAGAGACACAAAAGAGUCCACACUGGAGAGAAACCUUAUUGCUGUUCUGAAUGUGGCAAACGAUUCUCUAACAGUAGCACUCUUCGACAGCAUAUACGAAUUCAUACUGGAGAGAAGCCAUUUGGCUGUUCUGAAUGUGGUAAACUGUUUUCACAAGUAAGCGCUCUUCAUAGGCAUAAAAAAAUUCACACUGGAGAGAAACCCCAUUGCUGUCCAGAAUGUGGAAAGCAGUUCUCAGUACUAAGCCAUCUUCAGAGGCACACAAGAACCCACACUGGAGAGAAACCUUAUUGCUGUUCUGAAUGUGGCAAACAAUUUUCUGACAGCAGCACUCUUCGCCAGCACAUGAAAAUUCAUACUGGAGAGAAGCCAUAUUGCUGCCCUGAAUGUGGUAAACAGUUUUCAUAUAUAAGCUAUUUUCACAUCCACAAAAGAAUCCACACUGGGGAAAAACCUUAUUGCUGUUCUGAAUGUGGCAAGCAAUUUCUCAAAAAUAACAGUCUCCAAAAGCACAUAAUAACUCACACUGGAGAGAAACCCCAUUGCUGUCUUGAAUGUGGUAAACGAUUCUCACAAAUAAGCCAUCUUCAGAGCCACAAAAGAAUCCACACUGGUGAGAAACCUUAUUGCUGUUCUGAAUGUGGGAAACGAUUCUCUGACAGCAGCACUCUUCGACAACACACACGAAUUCACACUGGAGAGAAGCCAUUUGGCUGUUCUGAAUGUGGUAAACAGUUCUCACAAGUGAGCCAUCUUCACAUCCACUCAAGAAUCCACACCGGAGAGAAACCCCAUUGUUGUACAGAAUGUGGCAAGCAAUUUUCACUACUAAGGCAUCUUCAGAGGCAUACAAGAAUCCACACUGGAGAGAGGCCUUAUUGCUGUUCUGAAUGUGGCAAACGAUUCACUGACAGUAGUGCUCUUCGGCAGCACAAACGAAUCCAUACUGGAGAGAAGCCAUAUUGUUGUUCUGAAUGUGGUAAACGAUUCUCACAAGCAAGCAAUUUUCAAAUCCACAAAAGGAUCCACACAGGAGAGAAGCAUUUUUGCUGUUCUGAAUGUGGCAAACGAUUUGUCAAAAAUAUUAGCCUCCAAAGACACAUUUUAAUUCACACUGGAGAGAAAGUGUGACAGUACCUAAUGUGUUUGGAUGAACAGGAGUAUUGAACUUUCAGGUCCAUGUUGAAGCCCUGCCAAGUUAUUAUUUUAUAGACAAAUUGCUUAAGUAUUAUUAGCAACAAUGCUUGUGCUACACUAAGACCUUGCUGCAAAUUUAAGAGAGUAAGACACAAAGCAGUAAAACUGAACUCUCCUCACUAAAGAGUGGGCUCACUCCUCUUUGAUAGUAAGCUCCCCUAGAAAACUUGGAGAAAUUAACCUCAUUAGGCUGUAUCAAAUGUGUUAAAUGAUGUGCAAAAAAGGCAGAAACCUUAAUGAUGAACUGGUUUGGGACAUUACACAAUACUUAAUGGAAUAUCUUUCUGGACCAUAUCAUUUAUCUGUAUGCUGAUUGGUGUGUUUGAAAAAUGCUUCAUAGUAACUAUGUUAAUUAACCUAGCUUAUUAAAGGAAGUGCUCUGUUACAUUUCUUCAGUUUGCCAUAUUGCAUUAACAAGAGUAUGUGGGACUCCACCUAUAGGUGUAAAUAAAGAACAUCCAUGUUUGGAGUUCAUAUGUAACCAUUGUUCAAAACUCCUGUUGCUAAGCUUUUGUGCAACAGUUUUGGUACCCAGGACGUUUUCACGUUUUGCUAAAGGCUUUGGGCUGAAUGUGUGGAUAUUACUGGAAAUGUCUGUGUUAUUUUAAAAUUUGUGCUUUUGUAAAUUUCACUGCUGUAUUCUUAUCUGAUUAUAUAGGGUUUAGCAAUGUCAGAUUUAUGAAUGAUAACUCUACAUGAGCCAUUCUGUCUGCCUAAAAGAGAGCUUACAUUGUCCCAGAGGGCUGCUGGCAUAACCCACAAAUUGCUGCCAAGUAUGAAUCCAUUUCAGAUAGGUCUUGGUCUACAUGGUGUCUCAAUUGAUGAAAUUGUUUUUCAGUGUGUUUGGAGGAGGUACUCCUCCGUGUCUGUGCUUUUCUUAGUGCGGGCUUCUCUAUAAGAGAUGAAAACUAUGUGUGGACACCACUUUCAGAUUCAAUGUUGGGAAUGUGAUUGUUGGCGAGACUGCCAAGGGGUUUGAUGAUGAGCUCAGGUGACUUGCAUAGAAGUGAGCAUUCCAGGUCUCUCUUUGGUUUUAUGAUAAAGGGUCUUAGCAUCAAGAGAUAAAAUGCUGUACAUGAUCAUACAUUACCAUGCUUAGUUUGAAGAGUAAUAAAAAUUGGGAUAGAUUUAGGAUGCACUGGAUGGAGGUAACCAAUGCUGAAUCCUUAUUUAAGGAAAGGUUUCAAAUAUCAAGGCAAUUGAUGGACCCUUCAGUAUGAAAGAAAAAAAAAAAAGUGCACUGGUUUUCUCUAAAAUCCUGUUUCUCUUUCACUGUGAUCUUGAAGUGCCUUUCUUUUGAGAUGCUGUAUCUCUCUGCAUCUUUGGACUGCUGGGAUCCACUUUUACUUGUAUCCUCCCCCUACCCC